AUGGAAGCAGAUAGAAAAGUAACUAACGAUGAGUUGCAUGUUAAUUUUAACGAUAUGCAUGAUGCUCAGAAUGAUGAGUCUGAUGUUCACGCUUUGCCGUUUAGUGAUAGUAGUAUUACUAGUCAGAGCGAAGGUAUAGAACCUUUGAGGAUUUGUGAGAAAGAACCCAAAUUGUCUACUGCUGUUGUUAAAGAGUUUACAAAUGAUGAAGUUGAUCAUACAAACGAGGGUAAGGUGAACAUUUUUGAUAAUGAUCAUGGUAGUGCAGAUUUGUCUUUGGUUGAUCAUGAUGAGAUGAGCGGAAUGCCUACCACUACUGAGUUGAAUAAAAGUUCUGUACGCCUUGAACGUGGAGUAGAAUUAAGAGCAGAUGCAGUGGUAGAAUGUAUGGAUACUCAUGAGACCGUCAGUGUAAAUGAUCAGCGUGUAGCCCACCUAUCGACAGAUGUUAAGGGUGAACAGGAGCUAAUAAUAAAAGAUAGCAGUGAUGGUAAUCUUGCAGUUAGACAAACUUAUAAAAGCCGAACUACAACAGCUUCUGAUGCACCGCUAAGUUCAUCAACUUGUGUCACUCAGUCGUCAUCGGUGUUGUCAUCAACAGUGAAAGGGAUGUCCAUGAAUUCACGUGUCUUAUGCUAUGACUAUGAUAGUAUCAGCCCGUUUGAAAGGAUGAAAGUUAAUGGGCGGCAUGUUGUAACGCUCCUCGCUGUAAGGCAUGCUACUUUAUCUGACCAAAUGGUUGGUGUUCGACGAGUAGCGAUAACUGGUGUGGGGGUUUGUACACCUCUAGGUUGUGGUGUACCUGAUUUCUGGACAAAUCUGAUAAACGGUUUUUGUGGAAUAUCUAAAACACAUGAUGGAUUUUCUUUUUUGCCUAGUCGUGUGGCUGGAAUAAUUACUGAUCGCGAUUUUGAAGAACAGAAAUGUUUUGUGAACUCUUCACUGAAAAAAACUUGGAAAGUAGACAUUUCUAGUGAUUGGAAGUCAAUAUCACGUGCUAGUGCUUUAGGUGUUAUAGCAACUCAUGAAGCUUUUAGACAAGUAAAGUGGAAAAUGAACUCAGCCUAUCGAGCAGGCGUAUACUUUGGAGUUGGAAUGGAUGGUCCAAGUGAAGUUAUAGAUACAGCAUCAGGAAUUCUAACCAAAAAGUAUUCUGGAGUUGGACCACACGCUUUGACUAGAACGCUGAGUAAUAUUCCAGCUGGUGUGAUAAGCCGAAUUUGGGGGCUACGAGGACCAUGCAUGGCUACAAAUACUGCAUGUGCUGCUGGCCUUCAUUGUAUCGGUGAAGCUUUUCGUAUGAUUCAAAAUAAUGAAGCGGAUCUAGUUGUUGCUGGUGCAUGUGAAGCGCCUUUAAAUCCAUGGACAAUGGCUGCUUUCUCUCGUCUUCGCGCUCUGUGUACACAAUUCAAUGAUACUCCUGAACAAGCCUCGCGUCCUUUUGACUUGCAACGUAAAGGAUUUGUAUUAUCUGAAGGUGCAGCCGCAGUUAUUUUACAAGCUUGGCCACCUCCAGACGAUUUCUUACGAGAAUCAUUUGAUGAACCGCCUACACCGAUUGCUGAAAUCAUUGGUUUUGGAAGAUCUGGAGAUGCUCAUCAUCUAGUGGCACCUGAACCAACUGGUAAUGGAGCAUUUCGAAGUAUGUUAAAUGCCUUCAAAGAUUCAAAACUUGAAAGUGUGAACCAGAUCGGACAUAUCAAUUGUCAUGCAACAUCUACUCCUGUAGGUGAUCGAGUUGAAUUAAGUGCCAUUGCACAACUUUUAGGUGAAUACUUAAUUGACAGCGAUACACCGAUUGUAAUCAAUUCUAUUAAAGGUCAUAUUGGUCAUUGUCUGGCGGCAGCCGGUGCAAUAGAAACUGUCUACGCUGCUUUAUCUGUAAAUAAAGGUGUAAUUUGUGGAAAUCUUAAUCUACAUUAUCCUAUUUCCAAUGAUGAACUAUUGGAAGUUAUACAAAUGAAUCGAAAUUCACACACUAAUUCAUCUUUUGCACAAAAAUGUAUCAAUACGUUCAAUUGCGCUGCAGUACUUCCUAAACACAAUGAAUUCAAUGUCCAAUGGCCAAGUAAUCCUCCUCAUCAUAAUCAUCAUUGUCGUGUUGCUAUGGUCAACUCGUUCGGUUUUGGUGGAACAAAUGGAACGCUGAUAAUUUCAGAAUGGAAAGAAUAG